GUCGAGAGGACCGGAAACGCGUCACCGGCCCGGAGGGGCCGUUCAGUCAGUGUCCCAAAAUGGCGCCUCUGGACCUGGACAAGUAUGUGGAGAUAGCACGGCAGUGCAAGUAUCUCCCGGAAAAUGACCUGAAGCGACUCUGUGACUACGUAUGUGAUUUGCUUUUGGAAGAGUCUAAUGUCCAGCCAGUGUCUACACCUGUUACAGUCUGUGGGGACAUACAUGGGCAGUUUUAUGACUUGGGUGAGCUGUUUAGAACUGGAGGACAAGUUCCUGACACAAAUUAUAUUUUCAUGGGUGACUUUGUGGACAGAGGGUAUUACAGUCUUGAAACUUUUACCUACCUCCUCGCAUUGAAAGCAAAAUGGCCUGAUCGCAUUACACUCCUCAGAGGAAAUCAUGAAAGCAGGCAGAUUACUCAAGUCUACGGGUUCUAUGAUGAAUGUCAAACAAAAUAUGGAAAUGCUAAUGCUUGGCGGUACUGUACCAAAGUCUUCGACAUGCUCACAGUAGCAGCUUUGAUAGAUGAACAAAUACUGUGUGUGCAUGGUGGACUUUCUCCUGAUAUCAAAACUCUAGAUCAAAUUCGAACCAUUGAGCGCAACCAGGAGAUCCCACAUAAAGGAGCCUUCUGUGACCUAGUGUGGUCAGAUCCUGAAGAUGUGGAUACCUGGGCUAUCAGCCCUCGAGGAGCGGGCUGGCUGUUCGGGGCAAAGGUUACCAAUGAGUUUGUCCAUAUCAACAACUUGAAACUAAUCUGUCGAGCGCAUCAACUAGUUCAUGAAGGAUAUAAGUUCAUGUUUGAUGAAAAGUUGGUGACUGUAUGGUCUGCUCCAAACUAUUGCUACCGCUGCGGAAAUAUUGCAUCAAUCAUGGUCUUCAACAAUGUAAACUCAAGGGAACCAAAGUUAUUUCGGGCAGUUCCAGACUCGGAGCGUGUAAUUCCACCAAGAACAACAACACCCUAUUUCCUUUAAAAUAUAUUUUGUUUUGGUCAGUUUUUUUUCUUAAUACAGUGUGCACAAUGGACUGUAAACAUUGUGUUGUGUAGACAGGAUUCAAGAUGUAGAAUUUCAACCAUUCUAUUGAAUUUUAAAUGCUACAUUGAAUAAAGUGGUCUAAAGGGCUGCCCUUUUCUUGUUUUUAAUGCUAUCAGAUAUUGAGAAGCUGAUUUAUGUGCUCUGGUAAUUAAAAAUUUGUACAUUAAUUGUGUAUUGAUCAGUUUUCAAAUCUCAUUGUAUUUUAAUAUAGUAAUAUGGUAACUAUGACUCGUAGGUUAAAAUAUUGGAAAUAAACUGCUUUAUUAUUAAGGAAUGUUCAUUGCCCUUUCUGAAUUUUAAUUGGUAAAUGUGAUCUUAAAAUUGUGGGAGCGUGAUAUUACUAAAGAGUAAUUUCUAUGCUGAAGCAUGAAGCCUGGUACCUAGACAAUUUAAUGUGCAAAUUUAGUGGUGCAAGUUAUUUGAUACUGUUUUUAGAACAUUUAUAUUUAGAUUCUUUAAUAUGUUAUCUGGUGUUAAUAUCUGAAUAUUUUAAGCUUCGUAACUGACUAAUUUAUCAACAGUAUUGAAGUAAUUAAAUCUAAUUUGUCUUGGGUUUGUAAAUCUUUAUCAGUUGUCAGGCAAUCUUGAGAGGUUUUUGCUUUUUGUUAAAGGUCACCGAUCAUCUACUGAGCCUUCUUUCAUAUUUGGGUGGGGGGGACAUGGGGAAAUCUUCAUAGGUGUUGAUUCACAGUGUGCCAUUAUAUUGUUGUGAUAGUUAAGUUCUGGCAAUCUGCUCUGCUAAGCAACAACUCACCUUCCUAUACACAAUUUCCCUUUUUUUUUGUAGAAAAGUUGAAUAUUUAUUUUGAUAGAAUUGAGACAUCUUGGGCAUUUUCUCCAUUGCCCUCCAACAUACUGUAAGCUUGGUUGUAUGGUGGUACUCCUGUAGUCAUAGAGUCAUUCCUAAUCCAGGCUAUCAUAAAGGCUGAUUGUUUCAGUGUACUAUUGUGAGAGAAUAUCACUGACCACCCAGCCUGGAGAAUGACAUCAACAGGUGUCUCUUGGUUGUUUUUUUUUGUAGAUGCCAAUGACUGUCUUACAGAGCGUGAUUAAGUGUAGUCGAGGUCUUCCCCACCAUAGAUGAAUUUGACAUACCUGGCUCAGGUUGAGCUGCAAUGUUGAAGAGCAAUGUGAAUCAUAACCCAAUGGGAUAUGAUUUUAUGACUGUAUGACUGUAGUAUUUUCAAACAAUUUGCAACUUUUAAAAGAAACUUGCUAUUCUAGUCAUAUGGAUAAUAAGACAGAUUUGCUUUGUUUUUUUUUUCCAUUGCUGGACUCUAUAAUUUUAAGAUGUGAAAUUGAUUGUGUAACAUUUUUUAAACUUGCUAAUUAUGCAUUGUAUUCAAUUUGCAAUGGGUUUGAAGAAAUGUACUUGAAGCUAAAUUUUAAUUGUAAGUAUCCAUAACUUGUAUUGUGGUAAGACAUAAUAUUUCUACAAAAUAGUCAUAUAAUGAUUUAUCAUAGGAAAUCAGUUUCUUUAUUGUAGUUGUGAAAAGUAUAGACUAAUACUAGUGUUUUUAAAUUUAGUCAUUACAAGAUGUGAAGAUGAGUGGUAUUAAUGGUAUUCUGUUGUUGCUGCUAACAGGAUUACUAACUCAAGUUAUUGUCAUUGAACCACAUAUAUAUGUAUACAACUAAAUGAAAGAUUGUUCCUUGGGGUCAAGAUGCAAAACACAGUACGUACAGUCAGAAAAUAAUAUUAGCACAAGUCCCUUUCUCUGAGAGAUAUAGUUGCAGGGAGAAUUGGAACUAUUGUACUGAAUCCCUAAUAUUUAAUCCAAUAUCUAUUGAGAAGAGGUUGCUCCCUGUCUUUAUUAAUACUUGUAACUUUUCCAAAAGUUCACCUUCUAAAUUGAUUUGUAUUCCAUCCUCUUUUUAUUAAAAUCCCAUCCCUUGUAGCAAUAUAAUUUGCAGAAUAGGAUUUAAUCUGAGUUCAUCCUUUUUUUUUCCACAUCUAACAAUAUUGAUAGCUUGUUAUUAUGGCAUAAUGCAAGUCAACUGGUCUCUGCAAUCUGUUCAGCAAUUGGUGGUUGAGGCCAAGACGAUCUGCACUAUUAUCUCCCAUACUCUUGCUCCCUUGUAGCUCUGCUGGCUUUCUGUCUUCAACAUAUUGACGACUCUGCCUUUAUAGCGCUCUGGGGUAGAGGAUUCCAGACUCAUGACCUUUUGAAGUUCAUGGAACAUAGAACAACACAGUACAGGAACAAGCCUUUCAGUACACAAUAUUUGUGCCAGCCGUGUAGCCUAAAACUAAUCCUGUUUGCCUGUACAUGACCUGCACCUUCAUGUGCCAGUCUACUUGUUCUUUCUGCCCAACUGUCACCCCUCAGCAGUGUUCCAGGCAUUAUCACACUGUGUGCAUGUUCGUUCUCCUUUUCCCUGCACCUUGGUUCUUUCUCUCUAAAAUGGCACCCCUUAUUCUGAAACUAUGCUUCUGAGUUCCAGGCAGACUCACCAGUGGACACGUUCUUUCUAUUGCCCACUCUGCUUCUCUUUCUCUUCCCCCCCCCCGCCCCUUACUCUUCUCACCUACCUAUCACCUCUCCCUGUGCCCUUCCUCCUCCUUUAUAUCCACUCUCCUCUUCUGUCAUGUUCCUUCUUCAGCCCUUUACCUUUUCCACCUAUCUCCUCCCUGCUUCUUACUUCAUUCCACCCCCCUACCCACCUGGCUUCACCUAUCACGUUCCAAUUUGUAGUUCUUAACCCCCCCCCCCUUAUUCUGGCAUUUUUCCCCCUUUGUUUCCAAUACUAAUGAAGGGUCUUGGCCUGAAAUGUCGACUGUUUAUCCAUUUCCAUAGAUGCUACCUGACCUGAGUUCCUCCAGCAUUUUGUUCUGGAUUUUCAGCAUUGCAAAAUCUCUUGUGUUUCUGAUACUCUUUCUGCAUUCACCCUGUCUUUUCAUUAUAUGUAUCAAAGAUAUAGCUUUCCAUAACUAAAGCUGUAUGCUGUUUCAUUAACCCCUUACGGUUGUAUUAAAAUUUCCCUAUUGUUCUGCUCUAUGGCCCCUGUAAUAAAGGACAACAUUCCCAAUUACUGGUACAUUAGUUCUCUGUUUCAUGUACCAGGAUGCCCAAAUCCCUUUAUCAUAUCCUCAAAUAAUAAUUGGCUUUUUUAUUCUUUAUUUCAAACUGAGUAUCCUCACUAUUCCCUCAUUAUUUGCCAUCUGCUGAUGUCUUGCUUACAGCUUAUUUCUAUCUCUUUAAAGGUACUUUUGUGCCCUCUUCUAAAAUUGCCCAUCUUUGUACACUGAGCAAACCUGGCUUUAGUUCACUAACACUGAUAUAUAUAUAUAUCUCCUCUCUCCUCUCUCCUCUCUCUCUCUCUCUCUCUCUCCCUCUCUCCCCUCUCUCCCCUCUCUC